AUGCCAGACAGGCUUCGCCUGUCUGCCUUCAUCCACAUAAGACAGGUCGCACCAUGCACGCUAAGAAAAACCACCUUGCCCAGAAAACCACCCAUGCCGUCUGUCAACUCCACCAUGUUCACCAUGAGCAACUACAGCGUCUACUUUCUCAUGGAGCAAAACACCGUCAACCUCAACUGCUCCGUGUACUCGCUCACGCUGGGGCUGCUUGUGCUCCAGGACUACUUCUCGCACCAGUGGCUGGCCAACUUGACGGACUUUGUGCCCGCCUACUACGCCACCAACUGCUCCGUGCCCGACUUGGUGGCCCACAUCCUGAACCAGAGCGUGUCGGACGCCGACGUGCUCCGGUGGAUGCGCGACUUCAAAAACAACCCCUACAACAUCUCCGACAACGGCGACUCGUUUGUCGCAUUGCUCUACAUGAUUCUGGGGCUGUGUGUGUCGUGCUGGAUGUUGGAGCUCAUGUUUGUGUUGCUGCCCAAGUACAAGCGCAAGCCGCUCCUCACGCACUUGGCCACGGUCAUGUACCUGGUUGUGCUCACCAUCAUCUUGGCGCAGAUCACCGCCGUGUCACGCGACGAGUACUACUCGGACACGCUUGACAUGAUCAAGAUCCUCAACAUCGUCAACGACAAGCGCAAGUACCCGACGGCCAUCACCAUUCUGCAGCUCUUGACCAACUUGGCGCUCGUGCACCUCGGCGUGGCCAUGACGCGCCAAACGUGGAAACGCAUCAACGGCGCCGUGGGGCUUCUUCUUACCGUGGCCAACUUGGUCGCGAUGGCCGUGCGCCAGGCCCAGUUGGACGACUUUGCCAAGCUCAGCGUGAAAAACCCGUCGCCCGCCAUGUUCGCCCAGCACGUGUGCCAGCUUCUCAUCAUCCUCUGGCUCGCCAUGCUCUUGGCCUACCACACGCUCUUUGGCACGGCGUCCGCGCCCCGCCAGGUGGCCUACUCGCGCAAGCUCGUGCCGCUUGCCCUGUUGACGUGGUUUCUUGUGGCGCUCCAGUUUGUCAUGGUUCUCCUCACCGCCACGCUUUGGCGCAACGACUGGCUUGUGCGUGCCUGGAUCACCUUCUUCCCCUACGUGCUCAGCAUCUACGUGUUGACCUGCUGCUGGGAGUGGGUGCACUCGAUCCGCGACUUGGAGCUGAAGCUCGAGCGCGUGGGCAUGUUGGGCCGGCCCAUCAGCAUGGACGACAUUGGCGGCUUUGAUGCGUCGAAACACAACCGGCCGAUCCAGCGGCGCUUUUCCGCGUGGAAAAAGAUGCUUUUCGGCUCCGAGGCGUCGCAGUUUGUGCUGGACAAGGACUUGAGCUCUUCUGGGUCGAGCCUGGACGCGCAGAACCCAGAGGGAAACAGCGAAAGCGUCAACCAAGGCGUAAAUCAGAACACUGAAAACACUGAAAACGCUGAAAACACUCACACUCACACUCACACUCAGAACACCGGCGCCGGCCAGAAUGCUAACCUGGCGGAGACAGCGGCACACGUUCACAGCAACCACAGCAUUGGCCAUCUUCAAAGUGGCAGUCACCCCCACUCGGAGCUGGAUUUCGAAUACGAGGUCGAAUACGUCGACGACUGGGACGACGCGCCACAAGAAGGAACCUCGCAUGAUCUUGCCGGCCAUGAUCAUGACGACUUGCCGUCGUUUCGCCCGCAUCCGGGCUACUCGAUCGACGACUACUGGGACGAAAAAUAA